UGUGGAGUUCGCACGUGGCGCAUAACAAGUACGUGAUGUUCUCGUCAGCUGAUCCAUUCCGAAAAAUAACGAUGAUCAUAUCGCGCGUGUUUUCACGUUUGAUUUCUAUGUGAAUUACCAACAUUAUGCUAUACUGAUCCGCAAAACGAGAUAAUAUUUUUAUGUACGUCAUACGUUCAGUCAAUCGGCGAUUUCGAUGAGUCGCGAUGAACCGACAAACCGUCCUGAGACUUUACAAAGAUAUUCUGAGAUACGGCGAAACUUUAACAUUCACGAACAAACAGUAUUUUCGUUAUAGAAUCCGAACGGCUUUCAAGAAUAACAAAGAUCUGUCUGACGAGACGGCGAUAAACUUUCAAUUAAAGAAGGGAAUGAAAUUCUUGGAAGCCAGAAAAGUGGUAUAAAUAACGUUAGACAAAAAAAAAAUACGAGACAGAUUAUGAAAACAAAAGAAAAGCAUGUUGACAAGGAUCACAUCAUGUUUGAAGAUUUAUCAUAAUAGCGUUUAUUUGUUGGUCAGCCGCAAUGAGUUCCUCUUGUCAAGUGUCUUGAUUAAUUAUGGAAGCAAGUUCGUACAAGUUCGUACCAAAUCGUUCAAACGUUAUCUCGAUUACUCGAACGUGCCCAAGUUGGACGAGGCCGAUCUCGAAGAACAAUUCAUCCGAGGCAGUGGUCCUGGUGGUCAAGCAACUAACAAGACGAACAAUGCGGUCCUAUUGAAGCACAAGCCCACCGGACUCGUUGUCAAGUGCCACGAGACGAGGAGUCAGUGGGAGAACAGGGAACGCGCGCGUGAAAUUCUGAUGACAAAGCUCGACAACUUGCUAAACAAAGAGCGCUCCAUCGAGGCCCAAAUACGUGUCCUAGAAGAAAAAUAUCAGUCGCGAAAAGAAUACAAAAAAAAGUUAGCCGAAAUGAAGAAAGCGUUUCGCGAACGUGAGGGUUUAACGUGACGCAAGUUGUAAAUUCUCUGUAGAAUGCAAAUCACAAUUUUAAUUUUAGAAAUGAAUAAAAUUGUACACAAGAAA